AAAGAGAGUUUCUCGUCAGCUAUUGUAGAAGCCUGGCACCAUUUUGGCAUUAGAGUAAUACAGUGGGUUACUUGCAUCGAGGCACAUAACAACAACAAUGAGUGUACGAGUGGAGACGAGAUGAAUCUAUAUCAUUACCAUAUGGCCUUAAAAUUAGCGAAGCGGGGGAGAUGGCUUCAAGUACGAAACUACUUGGACGAGAAGUUUGGAGUUCAAGUGAAUUUUAGUGACAACCAUAAUUCGUACUACACAGCCUACCGGUAUGUCACCAAGGAAGAUCGUGAAGCGUUACACUCCUCUGGACAUCCUGACCUUACUGAUGCGGUUCCACGGACCGAAGCUGCAAUAACUUCUCGGAAAAGAAAGGCAAAAGACAAGGGCAAAGGCCAGGGUAAAAAAAAAAGGAAGUCAAAGAUCGGAGCGUCUCAGUGUUUACGAUGUCUGUCAGAUAGUUCAACACAAGGGUAUAACGUCACGGCUAGAACUCGUUUGCUUGGCUGUUGAACAAAAUCGAGAGGGUAAAAGUUCUCUGGCACAGUUUAUCGCAAACCGGGGAAAUAAAGCAGUAGAGGAAGCUAUGGAGUUAGCGAAAGAAUUUGCCGAAGCAGAGGCAAAGUGUCUCCGGGCUAAGAAGACCAGGAUCGAGUUAUUACAAGAACAAACUACAGGCGAAUGUGUCCAUGGUUGUGGGGGGAGGUGGUUAGAAGCAGCUCAGCAAUUAUUGCAAAGGCACAAUAAUACAAAAGAAGAUUAUUGUACCGCAAUUUACACGGCUUUGAGUAAGGGAAGAGGAAAGUACAGAAAUAUCUUUAUUUAUGGCGACACAAAUUGCGGCAAAUCGUUUAUCUUAGCUCCGUUGAAGGUCAUUUAUAAGACCUUUUGUAACCCCGCCACUGGUUCAUUUGCUUGGCUAGGAGCAGAGGACGCGGAGGUAAUUUUCCUCAAUGACUUCCGCUGGCAUCCCAAAAUUAUUGCCUGGGCUGACUUUCUACAGGCUCUGGAAGGCGACACAGUGCACUUGCCGACCCCGAAAAACGUAUGUAGCCGAGGUUUGGAACUAAAUAAAGACACCCCAUUUUUCGCCACCUCUGAUGCUCCUUUGGUUUUAAUUAAAGCUGGAGCAAUUGACAGCACUAACACUCGUAUCAUGAAUGUGAGGUGGAGAUUCUACCACUUUUGGAACCAAAUACCACCCGAGGAACAACAGGAGUUAAUUCCAUGUGGUCGCUGCUUUGCUAAGUUUAUUUUGGACAACGCACGCAACGAUGCGUUGCUAUAG